UAGCUGCAGCUCCUCACUUUCGCCACUUUCGAUUGCAGGUCAGUUUUAUCGGACGCACGACACCUGAUCAUAGCAUCCGGAGAGCGCGAGCGAGAGGGACAGGCGAGCUAGAGAGGUAAAAAGAGGAAAGAUGGGAGCGAGACAGAGCAGAAGGUCCGUGGAUAUAACGACGACUCCGAAGAAGGAGGGGUUGCCCGCCGACGGUGGUGUCGGGGAUGCUGCCGCACCUGGCGACGGCAAGCUGGAAAGGAUCGAGGAGGCCGACACCAAGCCCACCACCAAUGGUAUAGCGCCGCACACGGACGUUCCCGAGGAUAAGGACAAAGAUAAAGACGACGCCACGGAAAAAGAGAAGGACAAAGAGCAGCAAGAAGAGGUAAAGGAAACGAAGCAAGAGUCGGGCGGAGAAUCUCCCGCGGAAACGGCAGAGGUCACAACGCCGACAGAAGCGUCCACUCCCAACACUGCCACUUCUCCAGACAAUAAGGAAACGAAGAAGAAGGAAAAGAUGAAGAAAAAGUGGUCCUUCAGGUCGAUCAGCUUCAGCAAGAAGGAUAAGAACAAGCCUGCCCGCGAAGAGGCGCCCAAGAAUGGAGACGUCACCAAGGAGGAACCUCUCGCAGAGGGCGGCGAGGAGCAGGAGAACGGAUCGGGCAGCCCCGUGGAGGAGAAAUCGGCGGUGAGCAGUCCGACGACGGAAAACGAGGAGGCGGCGGCCGUAGCAGCGGCGUCCUCACCAGCGUCAUCGCCACAACCUGCGUCGAGCGUCGCGGAGGCGAAGGAGGAGAGCAGCGGCGCGGCGUCGGCGGCCAGUAGCCCCGCCGAGGAAAAGACGGAGGAGAGCGCCGAUCCAACUCCCGCCCCGGUCGAGGAAAAGAAAGAGGAGGUGGAAAAACUUCUCGAGGCCGAGAAAAAAGCAGUCGAGGUCAGUCCAGCCGUCGGUGGUCAGUCCGACCCGGUGCUAGAAGCCUCCGUAUUCCGAGCCCAGACAGUCGCUACGCCGUCUAUCAUUGAGAGGAAAACCAGUGAGGAUAUUCCUUCCCUGCCUCCGUCCAGCCCGCCUCCAACCCCCAUUGACUCGUCGCCGUUGCAGCAAGCUCAGCAGGCCGCGGCCACCGCGACCGCCCUCGCCGAGGCGCUCAAACUGCCUGCGGAGGCUGCUCGCUGCUCCCAACAUUUCGCCCCCCCACCGCUUCUUCAACCGAUCUCGCCCCUCCAACCGCGGCCAACCUUGCUCCGCUACCGGUGGUGGUUGGAUCCCGAGGACGGCGGGAGAUCGAUGGACAAUAACGCGAUCGUCUCGGAAAUAAUCUCGGAGAUAGUGGAGGAGAGCGUGGCGAGGCGAGAAUCGGCAUCCGCCUCGGCCUCGUCCCGGCCCGCGAACACGCGGGAGGAGGAGAUACGAGAGUCGAUCGAGGAGAUGAUCGCGCCGAACGAGGCGGCGCGAGAAGAGGAGCGCGCGACGGUGGUCGAUCCACCGGUGGCCACGAUCGACGCGAUCGUGGAAUCCGAGGAGGGGCCGGUAGAUUCUUUCGAUUAUUAUCCCUUGCCACCGGAACAGCUUUCCUCCCCCCCCUCCUCGACCCUGUUGGCCGCCCCCGAGACGAGGAACGAGGAGCAUACGCGCGUCCCCACCGCGGAGAGAAUCUCGACAGAGACCACCACCCCCCUACCACCACCGUCGACGUUGCCCGGAAGCCCUCCCAGCCCCCCCACGUCCAAUGCCAGUAUCACGUCCGGCCUGACGCCGUUCACGGUAGAUUCCUCGCAAUCGCUGUUGUACGACGACCAGAGCAAUCGAGAGUUCAAGAUGGAAUCGGUGUCGAUAAGCCUCAAUUCGUACAAUGAGUCCGACAUUGAAUUAAAGGAGAGGUUAGCCGAGUCUCUGGCGGAGACCGAGAAGCAGGAGGAGAGCUUGGUCUCGUGUCAGUUGUUGAACAACGCCACGUCGUCGACCACUGUCCAGGAGACCCAUCAGAGCACUCCGGAGCAACCAGCAACAACAAUAACAACAACAACCACAACAACAACAACAACAACAGAGGCCCCAGUGGAAAAUAACGUGGGCCACGACGCAAGCACGACAGAAAGCACAGCCGAGCCUGUCAAGGUUACAUCAUCAUCUCCAGCCGUCCCAAGCGAAGUGAUAACCGCAUCUCCGCCAUCUGCCCCAGCCAUCACCGAGGAUGUUGCCUCGGUAGCCAAGGCUAUCGAAGAAAUUGACAUAAGCGACAAGGCUGUUGCGGCGGCAACCAUCGAGUGUAAUACGAAUGAAAUUAUCGCGGAAGCACGUUACCAAAACAACAUAAACGAAUAAACAUCGCUAAUCGAAUUGUAUUUUGGGAAGAAGAAAGUUCUUUUCUCUCGUUAAAACCAAAAAAGUAUAUUAUAUAGAUAUGUAUAUUUGGACCAUUCCUGCAACUAAACAGAAAAUAACGUUCUUUCGUUACGAGCAAAAAAAGGG